GUGCUGGUUGUUCGUGUUUCAUUUUAUGAAAUUUAAUUUAUUUGAGUGAUUUUUAACGUUUUAAAAUGUCUACAACAAUAGAUCAAAAAGCCUAUUUGCAGAAGUACUUAGGUAAACCAUCGGGAGAUAAGAAAAAGAAGAAGAAAAAGGCGCCAAAGGGCAAAGGGAGAAAUGACGAUGAUCCUCCACCGACGAAUAAAAAAAUGGAAAGAACUCUGGAAGGGAAGUUGGCUGGACUACAAGACGCUCGGCAGUUACGGGAAGAAAACGAAUCGUUUAGGAGGAGAGAGGAGGAUACAUUCAAAAAGAUGACAGAUGACGUAUCAGGAAGGAACGCUCAAGUUGUUUCUAGGAAAGCCAAAAGAGAGACCUCAGAGGAAAGACAAAAGCUAAAAGAGAAAGCAGAGCGCCAAAAGUUCUUGGAUGAAAAGUACAAGCAGUGGAGCAAAGGCCUGAAACAAAUAGAAGCUGAGACCGCACGUCGUGAGGACUUCAUCAAGGAAGCCGCGAAGCCUCUCGCGCGCAUGAAGGGAGACAGAGACCUCGAGAGAAGUCUCAAGGAGAUUGAGCGAGACGGCGACCCCAUGCUCGCUUACAUCAGGGACAAGAAGAGAGAGAGGGGAGAUCUUGGACCAGAAAAACCCACAUACAAAGGUAGCUUCCCUCCGAACCGUUUCAACAUCCGUCCAGGCUACCGCUGGGACGGCGUCGACCGCUCCAACGGCUACGAAAAGAAGUUCUUUGAAAACCAAAGCAAGAGGAAAGCUCAGGAAGAAGAAGCUUACAAAUGGAGUACCGAAGACUUGUAAUGAUUCAUCAGCAGGCCAUUUAGUCUCCACUCCAGGAGCACGACCCUCUCUAAUUUAGAAGCAAAUGGAAAGCAAAGCUGAAGGGUCAAUGGGCAGGGCACAUAGUACG